AUGUUCAACGAAACUGAUGACAUGCAAAUUAGCACGGACUGGUUCAAUGGCCGUCCUAGAGGAACUGAUAAUCAGAUCAACACUGGAUUUUACCACGAUUUGAUUACAGAAGGUAGUAUCAUCAAGGAAUUAGGGCUCAUAGUAAGGUUUUUAGACACCAUCUAUUUCAGUGGAUUUUGCGCAAAUAGUAAAGAUAUAAGAAAAGUGGCCACUGUCCAUGCGAAUUGCUGUCGGAGUAUUGUUGCUAAGGUUGCGGAUUUAACAAGAGUUUUAAGAGAUUGGGAGGCGUCAAAGAAGUUUAUUAGAAAUCCGGCAGCCAAUUAUAGUGAGUUCAAAUGGUCAAGUCAUUCUGACUGUAAAAAAUCUUGGAAGGACCCACCUCCAAAUUUGAUCUAG